AUGUCUUUCAAUUCGAUUCUGUGGUGUCAUCUCAAUCAUAAUCAUAUUCUUCUCAGUACUUUGUUACUUUUUUCAUGUUCAGUUGUUCUCUGCUCUGCAAAUGAUGAACUCGGUAGCACUGUUGAUAUCUUCACUGUUUCCAGCUUCAGCUACCCUGAGACUACCCUUAGGCCCUUCGAUUUCCGCUAUAUCAGAGUUGAUAUACCACCAUGGUUUUCUGCAGUGUCCAUAGCAUUGAACUCAGAUGUAGACCUUGAUGUUGCAGGAGUUGAAAGGGUUCAAAAAAGCACGCUGCCAUUAAUAUGCUUUAGAGAUGGCAGCCCUCCUCUACCAGAUGCCUUAAACACAUCUCUGAAAGAUUCAGCUGUCUCAGGAAUAAAUGGUCUUGAUGUGGAGCAGUGCUUUCCAAUGGAGAAAAAUAUCACUAUGAAAUUGACAAACGAGCAGAUAUCUCCAGGUGCUUGGUACAUUGGUCUUUUCAAUGGCAUUGGACCUACAAGGACACAAUCGAAGAUGAUCAUCCGAGGCCCAGCGUACUCCUUCAGUGCCAAUAUAAGUGUGGAAGCAUGCACAAAUUCAAUGAUAAGGGGGGAGUUCUGUAACAGUACAGUCUAUCCACUUUCAUGCACAGCAUCGGAUGUCUAUAAUUCUUUGAAUGCUACCGUGAAGAAGCCAAUGAUGGAAAAUUCAAUGACCUGCAAAAGUAACUUUGAAGUUUCUUGUGUUCAGGAAGGUGAACCAAACAUUUACUCCUUGGAUAUAGCAAAUGUGGUAGAUGAAUUGACCAUUAUGGCAGCAAAUGUCAGAUUCAACAUUACAGCUUCAAAUAAUGCUUCUGGUGCAAAUGAUAUUAAUUUAAUGUGUUUUGCUCGACAUGGUGCAAUACCUUCAGAGACUAUGCAUGAUUAUUCCAGUGAUUUAAACAAAUCCCCUCUGGUUAUUCGAUCUCCACUGAUCGGUCGUCUGUACAUUAGUAUAUUACCAGUUAAUCUUACAAAAAAGUUUGGAGGGACUCAGGAUGGCAAUGUAAAAGUUUGCUAUUCAAUGGAAUCACAAUUUCUUCAGUGCCCACUUGGGAAAGCUGGACCAAAUUGCACAAUGAGUAGCUACACACUUCAGACGGUUCUUAGGAGAGGUCAAACCCCCUUUGAAUCAUAUUAUUUACCUGUUGGUGAAGGAGCAUCUUCUACCAAUUUUCCUCUUGAGCCACUUUCAAACAACUCAUCAAACGGAGAAGAAACUGAUGACAUUUGGACUUACUUUACUUUGGACAUUCCUCGUGGUGCAGCUGGACGAAAUAUUCACAUACGGCUAUCCUCAGAUGUGAAGAUCAGUUAUGAAGUUUAUGCUAGAUUUGGUGGAUUGCCUUCUCUUGAUAGCUGGGACUAUUAUUAUGCUAACAAGACAAGGAAGAGUGAUGAAUCGAUGUUUUUCAUGCUAUAUGAUUCAAGUGAUGACAAUAUUGAUUUUUACAUUAUUUAUGCUAGAGAAGGAACUUGGGGUUUGGGUCUAAGACAUCUAAAUACCAGCAAUGAUUCUAUGAAAUGGAAAACUAUCAUGUCUAUUUCACUUGAUGGAUGCCCAAAUCAAUGCUCCUCUCAUGGGGACUGUAAAUAUUCUUUUGAUGCUAGUGGAUUGACAUCAUUCAGCUUCUGCUCUUGUGAUCGAAACCAUGGUGGCUUUGACUGUAGCAUUGAAAUUGUAUCACAUAAAGGGCAUAUACUGCGGUCAAUUUUUCUCAUUGGAUCAAAUGCUGCUGCCAUACUUCCUGCUUACUGGGCCCUUCGGCAGAAGGCAUUUGCAGAAUGGAUUUUAUUCACAUCCAGUGGAAUUUCAAGUGGGCUAUAUCAUGCAUGUGACGUAGGCACCUGGUGUGCAUUGAGCUUUAAUGUUCUACAGUUCAUGGACUUCUGGCUCUCUUUCAUGGCUGUGGUUAGCACUUUUGUAUUUCUAGCUACCAUUGACGAAGUAUAUAAGAGGGCAAUCCACACAGUUGUUGCUAUUAUUACUGCCCUCAUGGCUGUAACUCAGGCAACCAGGUCAUCCAAUAUUGUUCUUGUGAUUGUGAUUGGGGCUCUUGGUCUUCUUAUUGCAUGGUUGAUAGAACUCUCAUCAAAGUUUAGGUCCCUUUCCUUUUCAUUUGGAUCCUCACUAAGCUCCCUUCAAAGUUUGGAAACUAUAAAGCAAUGGCUCUAUAAUCUUGUCAAGACCCUUUUAAGACGGUUCCGCUGGGGUUUUUUAUUGGCCGGUUUUGUUGCAUUGGCCAUGGCAGCAACAAGCUGGACGCUUGAAACCAGUGAAAACUACUGGAUUUGGCAUAGCUUUUGGCAUAUUACAAUAUACACAUCUUCCUUCUUCUUCCUUUGUUCUAAAGCAAAUAUUGUGGAUGCUGAAAAUCACCUACCUACAAGGGAAACCUAUGCACUGGCUCGUCAGGAUUCAUUUCCAAGAGGUAGAUUUUUUAAAUUUUGAUUUUGCAUUAAGGUGAUACGAGAAUGAAUUAUGAGGCCAAAGAUGUUAAUAGUGUGAUC